CAUGGCUGGGCCGUGCUGUCCCCGUGCCCCAAUAUCCCCAUGUCCCCAGCUGCGGCCUGGGACACCGCAUCCCCCAGUGCCACCAGCACUGGCGGGGGUCUCGGUGGGCACCACGGUCCCCGCGUGCCCGCGGCGUCCCCGUGCCCGUUCACUGAGGGGGCAGGACUGGAGGAGGGAUCUGCAGGAGCUUUAAGCCCAUGGUCAAACCACACCUUUAAGCUCCUGCAAUUGCCCUGAGUCCUGCUCCAGCACCAAAAGCCUUUUGGGACCGGCGUGGGGCCAAGGCGGCAUCGCCAUGGAGUCGCGGUGCUCGGCCACGCUCGGGAUGCUCCCGAAGGGUCCCGGGUGGAUUUUUCCCACUGGCCACGCUCAUCCCAGAGCUGCCCACCACAGGGUGCCGGCCACUUUGGGUCUGCAGCCCCCAAACCCUGCCCGAUUCCUCCAAACGGGUGCCCUGGAGCAUCCCGGUGCCCCCAGCCCCCCGAUGCUGCAGCCCCCAGCCCAAUUCUGGCUGGAUGGGAGCCCGUAGCAUGGCAGCGCUUAAUUAGCAGGUAGGGAGUGGAGCAGGGCGGCAUCGCUCACGCACAGCUUGGAGCCACUCAGUCAUCCCAAAGGCAUCCGCCCCACAGGGAGGAGCGCCCCGGCCCAGCAUGUAAAAGCGGCCCCGCACGGCCGGGCUGCUUCGUCGCCUCGGAGCCUCCUCUGCUCCCUCUGCUCCUCCUCACCGCCCGGCACGGCUGCAGCGUCAUGGCAGGGCACGGCGCCGGCCUGCUCCUGCUCCUGGGUCUCAUGCCAGCUCUCCUCCUGGCCGUAAGGAUCAACAGCAAGGGCCGGGAGGUUCUGUACCUGGCCAAGGGUGACUCCGUGAAGCUGGGCUGCCCCUACGUCCUCGAGCCUGAAGACAACGGUCCCCAGGGCGUGGGGAUCGAGUGGAUCCAGAUCACGCCCGAGCGGACCGGCCCAGAGAAUGUGUUCCUGUCCUACCACGACCACCACGUCAACUACGGCAGCGGCUCGGGGCUGCAGGACAGGGUGGCCUUCGUGCAGAACGACCCGGGGCAGCACGACGCCUCCAUCCGCCUGGCCGACCUGCAGGUCUCCGACACCGGCACCUACCAGUGCCGGGUGAAGAAAAACACCGUGGCGGUGCACGAGGUCAUCGUCACCGUGCAAGAGAAGCCGGCCACCCCGCAGUGUUGGACCGAGGGGGAGCUGAUCGAGGGGAGCAGCGUCCUGCUGCGCUGCUACAGCCGAGGGGGGGCCUCGCCGCUCGCCUACCAGUGGGCCAAGCUGGCUGAUGGAUACGGCGGGGGCCGCCUGCCCCACGGGACCCUCCAAGGACGUGCUCCUGGCGACCUUCUGAUCCGUAGCCUGUCCGAGGUGCACGCUGGCGUCUACCAGUGCCGCGUCACCAACCGCGUGGGCUACGCCGUGUGCCAGAUCAACCUCGGCCUCUCACAAAGAGGCGGAAGGCAGGCGGGCAUCAUCGUGGGCUCCAUCCUGGGCUCGCUGCUGCUCCUCAGCCUCCUGGGGCUCCUCAUCUGGGCCCUCAUCUGCCGCUACCGCCGCAAGGAGUGCCAGCGGACCUGCAGCGACUGCAGGAGCAGCACGGGGGGCACCAUGACCCGCGCCUGCAACGUGUGCGCCCACCACAGCUACUCGCCCCACGGCAUCAGCUACAUGCAGUGCCAGCACGGCGACGGCGACGAGCGGGCGGCUGCCCUCAUGUGCAACGACGGCAUCCGGCACCAGGUCGCCUGCCCGGCUCUGUAACCCCCCCCCCCAAACCCCCCACCCCACGCCACCGGCCCCCACGCGCCCCCGAUUCGGCUCAAUGUGUGUGUACCGGGGGGGGGGGGGGGAGCCCCCGCCAGCCCCGGCGCGGGGCUGCGCUGCCGGAGCUCGCCGCGGGGACCCCGGCUCCUGUCCCCCCCCCCGUCCCGAAACAGCCACGACCUCCGAGCAAAAGUCGCCGUUUGUGUUCAUCGUUCUCCCCUUGGGGUUGAAUAUUUUUUUGUUUUAUUUCAUUUUUUUUGGCCAUUUUUUUUGUAUCUCCCCCUCCCAAGCCCCAGCGAUAUUUAUUUUGUGCCUGCUCGGUGCGGGGCAGCCACGCACCAGCUCCCCCCUCACCCCCCAAAAAAAAAAUCGCCUCUGGCCCGGCGCCGCGGGCGCCCCAGGAUUGGCUUCAGCAAUUUUGCCUUUAUUCGAGACGAGACGCCGCUGUUGGCACCAGGAUUUGAAGUUUUGGGGAAACGAACCAAAAAAAAAAAAAAAAGGAAAGAAAGAAAGAAAGAAAGGAAAAAAAAAAAAAAGGAAAAAAAAAAAAAGGAAAAAAGGAAUCGUGAAAAGAAAUAAACCAAAGUGAACCAAGUGCGGCCCCGUCGCGUUUUCCCAGUGGGGGG